AUGAAGAAGCGGACGGCAAACGACGUUCAGUCAUGGCGUCCACCACAGCAGACGGCGAUGCCUACGCUGCAACACCAGCAACCGUUGCAGCAGCAGCAGCCGCAGCCGCCAAACGCGUUCGCUAACCAUGCCCCCUGGUAUAGCCCGUCUCAUUAUCCUCCUCAGCAGCCCGACAUGACUCGGCGCGACCAGCAGCAGCAGCAGCAGCAGCAGCAGCAGCAACAACAGCAGCAGCAGUUGGACUUUCGGGGAUAUGCUCAGCCACCACAGCAGACCGCCCAACAACAACAGCAUGCUGCCCAUCAGCAGCACCCUCAACAUCCGCAACAACACCAUGCUGCUCCGCCGGUCCAGCAGUCCAUGGGCCAUGCUCAACAGCCGCAGGCUCCACCUCCCCAGCAGCAGACCCCCACCCCGGCCCCUGCGCCGGCUCCGUCGAGACGGAAGCGGCCCCAGACCGGCGGUCACCCCCCGGCCCAUCCUCCGCCGCACGCGCCCCAGCUGAGUGCUCAGCAUGCUCAGCAUCCACAACAUGCUGUCCAGCACACUCAGCACCCGCAUGCCCCACAGCAUAUUGCUCAACACCCUCAACACCCUCAGCACACUCAACAACAUCCCCAGCAGCAUGCUCAGCAGCAUGUUCAGCAGCAACAUGUUCAGCAGCAGCAUGCUCAGCAACAGCAUGCCCAACAACAUGCUCAGCAGCAUACUCCUCAGCAUCAACACGCUUCGGUGCCUCCCCCGCAACAGCAGCAGGUUCCUCAGCAAGCUCCUCACGCGGCACCUCAGCCCCAACAGGUCCCCGUUCAACAGCAACACCCACAGCAUGUGCAGCAUCCGGGCCACCCGCAGCAUCAGCAGCAGCAGCAGCAGCCCCCACAGGUCCAGCAGCAGCAACCGCCAGCUCCCGUACCAGCUCCCACUCCGGUUGCUGCUCCCGCUGCGGUCCAAGUACCAACGGCUCAGGUGAAGGCUCCGCCCCCAGACGAUGUGACACCUGCUCCGCCCCCACCUCCGGCAAAGAAGAGCCGGACAAACACGCCGUGGACGCCGGCGGAGGAGCUUCGGCUGAAGCAGAUGCGUGAUGCCGGUAACAGUUGGGCAGAAAUUGCCAAGACCUUUCCCGCCCGCACAGAGGGUAGUGUGAAGAAGCAUUGGUAUAAGGAUAUGCACUAUGCUGAAUUUGCAGAGGAUGAGUCCGCGGCGUUGAUGAGUGCCAUCAAGGAGUACGAAAACAACAAAUGGAAGGUUAUUGGGCAGAAGGUUGGCAAGCCGGCCAAGGCCUGUGAACAAUACGCAAAGGAGCAUUUCCCAGAGCUGUUUGCGAACCAAAAGAGAUGAUGCAUUUGCCGGCUUCUUUUUCCUAAUACGACCGGUCAAAUCGCUACAAGAAGCAAGGCACCCAGCCGCCUUUGAUACCCGGUGGGAUUCUGCAGGCCUGGUGGAGGCUUUUUUUAUGCGAGUCUGUUGCGUAAAGCAGCGCCAUGCGUUUGUUAUUCUGUGGAUAUAUAUCUCUUUUGACACGUGAGACCGGUGGUCCUUUUCCCGAAUACUGCACAUUUUCAGGAAAGGCGCCUGGCGUGGAACACACAAAAUUCGACUUUGGCCCUGGGCAUUUUAAUCGGCGCUGCCUUUUCCGACACGCGUUUCAGUCUUUUCUUUCCUGUUUGGUUAGGAAAUGGGGGCCCACUGGGCACAUCGAUGCUUUAUUGCCUUCAAUUUGCAGCUAUAUUCCCCUGGGAUGUUUUUCUCGCGUCAGUAGCUUGUUUUUUUUAACGACGGAUUUGCUCUGGAUCGGGCCUGGCAGGGAUUUUUCGCAUUGUUGAGUGUGUGUCUAAUGAUGGCGACAUGGGCCCGUUCUCUUUCCCUCCAGCAAGGAGGAGGUAAUGGAGGGAACGCGAAUACAGAUUCUUCAGCCUCGCCUUGUUCGACUCGUGUGUUGGAUGUGUUUUGGUUUUGACAGAACCCGGGCUGUUUAUUUCUUCGCGGUAGGCAUCUUGGUUUGCUCCGCCAUGACCUUAUUAAGCAGAUCGAACUAUUCAAGUAGAGGGUUGGCAAAUGCCUUGCCGAGAUCUCUCAGCUUGUGACGAUCAAGGGAUGCUGCUGAUGGAGAUGCUCGGGGAACAACACCCAUCCCACGCAAGCCGAUGGAGAACACAUAUCUCACCUUGACCAUGUGAACUAGGCAGACCAGACUACUGUGUCAAUGAUCAAUCAUGUAUGUAAAAUUUCAGAUAUUUAGUUGACCUCUCG